AGGAGAAAGCGCGAAAACGGGACGUUUGGCCAGUAUGCUUUAGACUAGUGUUGGGGCAGGAUUCGGGAAGAGCUGGUGAUAAUGAGUUGGACAAUUCCAAUAAAUCUACUAAUCUACUUAAUUCAUAAUCUAAAGUUUGAAACAAAAACAUCGUGUUCCUUUGAGUUGCACAUGCAAAGCAAGAUAAAUAUCACACAUUUAAAUGAACUGACAGGAGUCUACAAAUAUAUUUUACACCCAUUCAGUGGCAGUUCUUUGCUUCUAAUAAGGGAUAACUAGCAGCAGCGCUCCUUCACUAUGGAACUGCAAUUACAUCGCAUGGAUUACCUGCAGGUAGCAGUGACUUCUCAGAAAACUAUGAAAUUGCUCCCUGCUUCAGGAAGACGAGCUACUCAAAAGGUGGUUGUUGGAGACCAAGAUGGUGUUGUUACUUGUUUUGGCAUCAAGAAAAAUGAAGCUGUGCCAGUUUUCAAGACCUUGCCAGGCCAGAAGAUCGCCCGAUUAGAACUAGGAGGUGCUCUUGGCACAGUACAAGAGAAGAUAUUUGUGGCUGCAGGAUCAGAAGUUCGAGGUUUUACAAAAAGGGGGAAACCAUUUCUGUCAUUUGAAACAAAUCUAACAGAAAGCAUCAGAGCUAUGCAUAUAUCUGGAUCUGAUUUAUUCUUAUGUGCAAGUUAUAUAUACAAUCAUUAUUGUGAUUGCAAGGACCAACACUACUUCCUGUCUGGAGAUAAGAUCAGUGAUGUUUUAUGUCUACCUGUGGAGAGGUUGGAGCGCAUUACCCCAGUGUUGGCUUGCCAAGACCGUGUGCUGCGAGUUCUUCAGGGCUCAAGUUUGAUGUAUGAAGUUGACGUUCCUGGACCUCCGUCUAUUUUGGCUUUGAACAAUGGAAAUGGGGGUGAAAGUGGGGAAGAACUUUUAUACGGCACAUCGGAUGGUAAAAUUGGAUUAAUUCAUAUUGCAAUGAAUACUCCGAUUCCCAAGUGGGAAAUUCCAAAUGAGAAAAAGAGGGGAGGCAUCCUAUGCAUUGAUAGCUUUGAUAUUAUUGGAGAUGGAGUAAAGGACAUGCUUAUAGGCCGUGACGACGGCACAGUGGAAGUGUAUGGCUAUGACAGUGCCAAUGAACCUGUCCUCCAAUAUGACCAUUCUUUGACAGAAAGCAUAACAUCAAUCCAAGGAGGCUGUGUUGGGAAGGACGGCUAUGAUGAAAUAGUGUUAUCCACAUAUUCUGGAUGGGUGACUGGACUCACCACCGAGCCUAUACAUAAAGAAGCUGGUCCCGGGCAAGAGUUAAAAAUGAGCCAGGAUAUGCAAAACAAAAUUGCUUCAUUAAGGUCUGAACUGGAACAGUUGCAGUUUAAGGUCCUUCAGGAACGUGACAGGUACCAGCAUUCUUCCCAGUCAGUUACUGCUGUGUCUGCUGUGCCUGUCUUCAGCAUCAAUGACAAAUUCACCUUAAACCAAGAUGAUGCCAGCUACAGCCUUAUUCUGGAAGUACAGAUGGCCAUUGACAAUGUACUGAUACAGAGUGACGUCCCUGUGGAUCUGCUGGAUGUCGACAAGAAUUCAGCUGUGGUCAGCUUCAGCGGCUGUGAUAAUGAGCCAAAUGGCAACUUCCUUCUUGCUACCUAUCGUUGCCAAGCUAACACCACACGGCUUGAACUCAAGAUUCGGUCUAUCGAAGGACAGUAUGGAACCCUGCAAGCAUAUAUUACACCUCGCAUUCAACCAAAAACUUGCCAAGUCCGCCAGUACCAGAUUAAGCCUUUGUCACUUCAUCAAAGGGCUCAUGCCAUUGAUCAGAACAGGCCCAUGAACACGGUGAGCCUGACUGGCCAGUUCAGCUUUUCAGACAUGCAUUCCUGGGUUGUAUUUUGUUUACCUGAAGUCCCUGAGAAAACUCCAGUGGGAGAGAACGUCACCUUUUACUUCAAGAAUACCUUUCUGGAAACGCAGCUCGAAUGUACAUACAGAAAGGGAGAAGGAUUAUUUAAAUCUGACAAUAUAUCAACAAUUUCUAUCCUGAAAGAUGUGCUGUCAAAAGAAGCCACUAAAAGAAAGAUUAAUCUCAACAUAUCAUAUGAUAUAAAUGAAGAAUCUGUUGGGCACACUUUGAAACUGAUUCAUCCAAAACUGGAGUACCAAUUGCUCUUAGCCAAAAAAGUACAAUUAAUUGAUGCUCUGAAGGAGCUGCAAGUUCAUGAAGGAAACACAGACUUUCUGAUCCCAGAGUACCGUUCUAUUUUAGAAGAGGCAGAGAAACUUCAGGAAGAAUACAAGAAGCAACCUGCACAUCUUGAAAGGCUUUAUGGUAUGAUCACAGAUCUCUUCAUUGACAAGUUCAAAUUCAAGGGCACAAAUGUGAAAACGAAGGUUCCCCUCUUGCUGGAGAUUUUGGACAACUAUGAACAAGAUGCACUUAUGGCUUUUUUUGAAACUGCACAAUGAGUGACAUGAGCCAGCUAUUAAUUCACAUUACUCUGAUAUCAAGGCACAUAUAUAAUAGCAGCCUUUGGCCCUUCAGGGGUGCUGGUAAAAUGUACUGUAGUUCAGCAACAUGGGGGGAACCAUAUUUGAUAUGGUAUAGUAUUUAUUUUGCCAGUCUUUCUGUUGGCCAUUUUUCCAACGGUUCUUUAUUCCGAAAUGUUUGCGUAGAUUGAAAAAUUAUACCAGUAACAUUCCUAUAAUUUGUUUCCUGGACCUCGGGCUAAACUAUCUGAUCACAGUACUGGAAAGGCCAUUGGGGCAAGGACUGCAUCAACGAGGCAAUUAGGUCCACGAUUCAAUGGGAUUUUGAUUACCUGCCGAUAGAUAUCAGGCUUAUUUUGUCAUAAAGGGCCAGUGAGCUGCUAACUAGGUCCAUCGGUAGCUAUUUUUGGCCAAUGUAUUUUUUUAAUUAUUUAUUAAAUUAUACUAUUAUGGAU